AUGGCUGAAACAGAUAAAUUAAACAUUGACAACAUCAUCGCUCGGCUCUUGGAAGUACGAGGAUCAAGACCUGGGAAAAAUGUCCAGCUAACGGAGGGUGAGAUCCGUGGCCUGUGUCUCAAGUCACGUGAAAUAUUUCUAUCCCAACCGAUACUACUCGAGCUGGAGGCACCGUUGAAAAUAUGCGGUGACAUUCACGGUCAGUACUACGACUUAUUGCGGCUUUUUGAAUACGGUGGGUUCCCACCGGAAAGUAACUACCUCUUCCUAGGCGACUACGUCGACAGGGGGAAGCAAUCGUUGGAAACAAUAUGCCUUCUUCUUGCGUACAAGAUCAAGUAUCCCGAGAACUUUUUCCUGUUACGAGGAAAUCACGAGUGUGCAUCCAUCAACAGGAUAUACGGUUUUUACGAUGAGUGCAAACGUCGUUACAAUAUUAAACUAUGGAAGACAUUCACGGACUGCUUUAACUGUCUACCCGUGGCAGCAAUCGUUGACGAGAAAAUAUUCUGCUGUCACGGUGGACUCAGUCCUGAUCUACAGAAUAUGGAGCAAAUAAGACGUAUUAUGCGACCGACUGAUGUUCCUGAUCAAGGAUUACUCUGUGAUCUUCUUUGGUCUGAUCCCGACAAGGACACAAUGGGUUGGGGUGAAAAUGACCGUGGUGUAUCGUUUACAUUCGGUGCCGAGGUCGUUGCCAAAUUUCUACACAAGCAUGACUUUGACCUCAUAUGCCGUGCGCAUCAGGUCGUCGAAGAUGGUUAUGAAUUCUUUGCAAAACGACAACUGGUGACGUUAUUCUCAGCGCCAAACUACUGCGGUGAGUUUGACAACGCCGGUGCCAUGAUGUCGGUCGACGAUACGCUGAUGUGCAGUUUUCAAAUCUUAAAACCAGCAGACAAGAGGAAAUUCGCGUAUGGUGGCCUCAACUCUGGCCGACCGGUUACGCCGCCGCGAGGUCCCAAUAAUAAAAACAAAAAGAAGUGA